UUUUCCGGUUGGUGUUUUGGGUUCUUUUUAUUGUGGUUGUGGCUGGACCGCUUGGGAAAGGCUGCUGCAUUUUGUAUCCUGUCUUGCACGGGAUGGUUAUUUUUAACUACGCGAACAAGGGGAGGGGGAUUGUAAACGCUUCAGUUUUUGUACCUUGGGGAAAGGGAGGGGAGGUAUAGGAGUUGAAGGAGAAGACCUCCAGGCUUUUUUUGCUCUCAAUCCAGAGAAGGGUGAUGUGAUUGCAAAAAAAAAAAAAAGCUCGAUCCCUAACGCAUUUCCUCGGAAGUAAGUCUAUCCGUAGCAAACUGGAGCUCAUCUGCUAGGUCAACGUGCAGAAAAGCAGCCUUGAACGCUGAGGCAGGCGCAGCAGUUACCUAGAUGGGGGGGGGGGGGUCCUGAAUGUAAUAUAGAGGGGAGAGGGAAGUUCUCCUGCGCAAGCCCCCCCCCAAUUGCGAGGAACGGGAUUAACGCAAUGAUUAUACUCAAGGUAGCCAGAAGACAACAGUUCUUAGUAGUAAUAAUAUUUACAUAUAUUGGCAGGUGCUUUUAGUUUUAUGUUGUGCGAGGAGCGGGGGACACACACACAUUGCUGGGACGCCCGAGGUGUGUCCGAAAGGUGUGCACCCUCUGUGACAAACAAUUGCCCAGUCGUCCUUUCCUAUCUGUUUGAACUUUAUUGUAGUAUGCAAACAAUGUAUUGUGGGUCCCAUCUGCUUGGAAACUCUGUUGUUUUAGGGCUUCAUUAACUUGCCUCUUUGAAAUGCAGAGAACGCCUGGGCUAAAUCUGUCUUUGCAAACUUCCGAAAAGUUGAGACGUUUUUAUUAGAGCAAUCGAGAGUGACCAAAAACAAAAAACAAAACAAAACACGGGUGGUUGGGAGGGUGGGGGGAGGUGUAUAUUUUGAUUUGGGGACAGCAGGCUGUUGUCCAUGCCUCUGUGUGUGCGUGGUGCGGGUGGGGUGGGGGCUUUUGGAGAGGGUGGAAAGAAUGGAACAUUUCUGCUAGACGCUAGGGGUGCUGGUGAUACUAGGAUGAAACCCCCCUUUGUCUAUUUGCGCAUGGCAUUCUAAAAAAAGUGGCGGUGGCGCUUUAAAUAAAAAAAAGAAAGAUAAAUAUAUAUAUAAAUAAAAGAGUAGGCCUAGCUAUUCGUUUUCCCGAAAAACCCAUGUCUUGAGACAAGACUGGAUGGAAUACAGAUGAAAACAGGAGAGGGCGGGGAAAAUAAAAAAUGGAAGCGAUCAAGGUCAGGAGAAAGAGGAGAACGGAUGUCUCAAAGGUGUAUAACUACCGUAGUAUACCUUUGUGUCUGGUAGUCUUCGUGGAAGGAAAGUUCUUUCUCUUUCUCUCCGCGCAAUGGAGUUGGCCUGCAACUCUGCAAAAGUGUCCUUAGUCCUAAAUUUUGUAAUGAUUCCCAUUGAAACAAAUUAUUCCCAGUAUGGUAUGCUUUCAAGUCAGGCUUGUCUCUGUUCUUAGUAGACAAAUCUGCAGCUGCGAUCCCGAAUUUCCUAUGUUGUCGCCCGACAAUAUAUUAGCCCCGCUAGGCUAAAACAACCGGGGCAGGUAUGGGUUCCCCCCGCCCGAUCGGGGUGGCGCACUUUACAAAUAGGUUGCGACGUAUUAGUUGAAUUAAACGGUGCACCUGAUGAAAUCCAUGGAAGAUGGGGGGUGGGGUGGGUCUAAAUCCCGGGAACCUUGUUACUGACGUGAAAGCAAGCCCUAUUGAAAUCAGCAGCUCUUACUUCCAAUUGAAUACGUUCAGGUUCGGGAUGCCCGUGUUGGAAAGCCGGUGCCUUCGUGCUCGCACGGUCCAUUACCUGGAAGUUGGAGAUUUGGAUUCCAGUGGCAUAGACUCUCUGGGGUAUAGGCUUAAUAUGGCAUUAUUAAUUGAAACACAAACGCCUUGUAUGUUAUCUAACCAGCAUAUGUUGUAGGAAGCGGGCGUAGAGACAUGAAUUAACGCAGCCUUCAUGCCACGAGUUUGGUUGUUUCGGGGUGGAAAGAGGACAACAAGAAUGUCUGAGUGCCUGCUUUGACUUUUUCCAAACUAAUUUUUGACUCAUGUGGGAGGCUGGUCUCGAAGCACGUGCGUUUCCUCCUCCUCCGCUCCCCAGCUAAACGGUUUAAAAACCAAUAACCUCUUGCCUAUGGUAGUAUAUUCGAUACAUAGGAGAAACGAACUAUCUUCACUAAUAGGGCCAUAAUCUAUUGCUCUGCUCUGAUUCAGUUUCAUCCAGCGUGACAUCUCAUAGGUAGUCCAGUGCCAACUGCUGAGUAAAUAAUGAACAAACUGUUCUACCUGACGAAGAAUUACGUGUAACCUGAAGGAUUCCCUAUUCCUACACUAAAAUAUUGGGACCGCUUCCUUUCUUUUAAUUUUUAAAAACCGCAACACGAAUUCCAACACGUCUCAUUUUUCCAGUCCAGCAGCCUUAACAGCUAUCUACAUAAAACCGCGCUGCUCCCGACUUCCUACCGCAAAAGGUCCAUUACUUACACAAACUGCAUAUUUUAUUGCUUUAUAUCCCCCUUUUUUCGGAAAUGAAAUUCCUUUGAUCCUCCCCCAUUCCUCUUCCCUAGGGUGAAAAGGGAUGGAAUUGCCCCAUGUGUGUUGGGAGGGGAAGCCACACCCUGUUUUCCUGUUUAUAUUUGUAUUUGUUUUAAGAUCUCCCUCCCUACAGUAAAAUCCUACAAGUGCCUACUCAGAGUUAAGCCCCAUUGCGUUCAGUGGGACUCAUCCCUGGGUAAAUGUGUGUUAUUAGACAACCAAAUUAUCGGAAUAAGCCUAAUGUUAUUCCUUAUUACAACGAAAUCGGGCGAACAGGGUCGUUUUAGUUCUAAUUAAACGAUAAAUCUCACUGAAGUGGAUUGGGAGUAACUUUGUUUCUGCUUAGAUCCUGCAACAGACUUUCCUUCCUUCCUUCCCUCCCAACUUUUCUGGACUACCUUUCUGCAACAGUAUUCCUUCUGCGGAGGAAGAUGCAACAGUGGAUUACGCGACAGAGUUGGGCUAACAACCACGCGAUUUUGCGACGUGUGUUGCAAGCAAAUAUUUCCAGACAUACCUUCCUCCUGAAAAUCGGAUUAUUUGUUUCUUUUUUGUUUUUUGUUUCGCCCCAAUGGCCAAGCACCUUUCCUCUUCGCUGUAAGCCAAAGCGGAAGACUUCUAGCCAAACUCAAAGGAGAAUUAUCUCUCUCUGUCUUCUGUAUGUACCCUGUAGAUCCGAAUUUGUGUAAAAGAAGCUGCGUCACAAAUUCGCAUCUAGGGGAAUAUGUAGUUGACACAAACGCUACGGAACGCAUCCCUCAAGAAGAAGGAGGAGGAAAAGAAAGGGAGAAAAAAGGACGAAGCAAAUCGUUAAAAGACUUUCCCUUCAAGGACUAUUCCGUGUUGGUGGUGUGUUGCUUUAAUGGCAGUGGGGGGGCCCCCGCCCCGCCCCGCCACCAUGUUUUAAGCAUCCAGACAGGUUGAUUCAAAUUAUCGGGUAUCUUCUGCGGAACAGGAAAUCCACAGGGAGAGAACAGAACAGUUAUUCCCUUCUGUGUUCAUAUGCUUGCAGAAAUUGCUCUCUAGAACCAUGCCUUUCUUUCUGUAAAUCGGGCUGAGAGAAAACAGGUCUCUAAAAAUUACCUGUUUGGUGCCAUCUGUGCGGAGGCGCCACUCAGCACUCAGAAGAGACAGGUGACAGGUCCCUGCCCCGAGGGUUUCCAAAAGGGGUGGUCACAUUGCGUCUUAAUGAAAACGGACAUUUAGGAAAUAGACAGGAAAAUGCAGGGUAUGUUCCCUUACUUAAAUACUUCUUUAAAAAGCUAUGUAUGCAGCUGGAUUUUUUUAAAAUCAUCGUAUUGUAGACUAACCCUAACUCCCUGCUCCUCUGUCUCCAUGCUUUUUAAAAUAUAUUUUCUCCUCCUUGGGGGGGGGGAGUACCAGUCUAAACCAGAACCUGUCUUUUAAAGGGAUGGGUAACCCGAAUUAGUUAAUGGCGUUUCUAUCGAUCUCAAACGAGCUCUAUCUAUCUUUGCCACCGGCAGGGCUCUAUCACAAAAAUUUAGGCAGUAGCUAGAAGAUUAAUGCAUCAUAAACCGAGGAGAAUAUUUCCUUUCCUCCCAGUCUCCUAUUGUUCAGACUACAUGUGUUGUUACCGUAUUUUGCUUUUUUACUUCGAGGCAAACUCUGCCGUGGGGAAUCGUGUGUGUACACUCUCACACGCACGCUCGCCAGUAUCGACAGUGAUUUUAAUUCAGUCAAUGCACCGGGUGGGGGCACUUGGAUUUUGUGAUGACUUCUUGGCUAUGAGAUGAUAGAUUUCUUCGGGAUAUGAAAUUAUGUAAAUCCUGAUAUGUAAAAAGAUAAUAAUGAUAACUGUUCCGCAAUGCGGAGUCCCACCUAGAUUCCUGAGUGCAUUUAUAUGUAAAGUUAAGUCCAAUUUACUUUAAAACAACCUGCUUCCAAGUUGACUGUGUGCUGGCAACGGAAAGGCUAAAAGCGUCCUCCCCCCCCCCUUUCCCCCUUCUUGAUUAUUUCCUUAUCCGGGAAUCCCAGGCAACCUCUCCAUUGGUUCCUGGGGUCACAUGAACAUCUAACUUUGUUCAGUUGACGGCAAAAGUAGGAGGGCUCUUCGAAACAGGAAAACGAGUGAGAAGGGGAGGGGAAGGAAGGGAGAAGGGGGAAGGGGAGGGGGCCCCGAAAGAAAUAGGAAUAAAUUUUAGUAUAUUUUUUGGGGUGUGCGUGUGUGUGAGUGAGCGGGAGUGUGCGUGCUGGCGCGCGCGCGCCCUUUUGCAAUUCCAAAAUUAAUGGCCAUGAGUUCGUUCUUGAUCAACUCCAACUAUGUGGACCCCAAAUUCCCACCAUGCGAAGAAUAUUCCCAGCACGAUUACCUUCCCAGUCAUUCUCCGGAAUAUUUCGGCGGCCAGAGGCGAGAGGAGAACUCUUUCCAACCCGAGGCGUUGUACCCAGCGCGGUCCGCCUGUAACCAACCAUCCUAUCCUCCAUGUCAGGGCUCUGGGCACCCAGCAUCGGUCCUAUCUCCCAGGAGCCAGCGUGUCCAUGCUCCAGCUGGACUUCAAAACCAUCUCUCCGAAUCAAACCACACUUGCGAAUCCAUCACGCCAAGCCCACCGCCUUCCUGUAGCCAAAACUCUCUCAACCAAAGCCCGUCCUCAUGCAAAGAACCGGUAGUUUAUCCUUGGAUGAAGAAGGUUCAUGUUAGCACGGUCAACCCCAACUACGCGGGAGGGGAGCCGAAGCGUUCCAGAACAGCAUAUACCAGGCAGCAAGUCUUGGAGCUGGAGAAGGAAUUCCACUACAACCGCUACCUCACCCGGAGGCGGAGGGUGGAAAUCGCCCACACGCUUUGCCUAUCCGAGCGCCAGAUCAAGAUAUGGUUUCAAAACAGGAGGAUGAAAUGGAAAAAGGACCACAAGUUGCCCAAUACUAAGAUCCGUUCCAAUUCUGCCGCCAACCUCUCGGCGCAAGGCGCGGGAGGAGCCCAGGACCGAGGCAAUGGACCAACCCCAAACCCCACCGCCACCCCGACCACCCCCACCCUAUAACUGGCCUUUGAGCUUGGCGGCCCUCGAGUGUGUAUGUGUGCGUGUGCGCGUGCGCGCGGAUCUGUGUGCUUAAGAACUGAUGUGUGAAAGCGAGGGAGGCCUGGUAGUUUUCCUGUUCCUAAGGGAGAAACAUGGGGGUGUUAGGGGGAGGGGACAAGUGGGUGGGUGAACGGGGACCACUAUUUAUACGAGGGGAGAAGAAACAAAGGAGGAUGAGAGGGUUUUUUUUUUUCGCGGGGGAGGGGGGGAAUUAGUUCUUUGGCCGGAAAGCAGGGUUGCUGUGUUUGGGGGGUAGCUCCUCUGUUCUAUAGGAGAUGGGGUUUUCAGAUUUGGCUAAGAUGGAUCCCUUUUUCAUCCUUAAUCAAGCCAAACUCGGGCCCAUUUGUCAUGUUUACUCUCGCGUACAAACGAAGGACCUUAUGCCAACCAUUAGCGCGACAGCUAGAGUCGUCUUUAAUAAAUGAGGCCCGGUUUCACCUAAGGAGAACUGGACUCUCUCUCUCUCUCUCUCUCUCUCUCUCUCUCUCUCUCUCUCCUUCUCUCCCCCUUCUUCUACCCUACCCACCUCACGAGCCAGAAACCCCAGUUUAAACCCAGACUUUUACCCACAAGGCGACAGAAAAGUGUUGUUGGCAUCUGCUUAACACAGCUCUAGAUAGGAGAGGGGAAAAUAGAAUUCUCACAGCCCUCUAAGGACUUUACUGGAUGAUAAAUAUUGUAAUAUUCCAAGUAAGGAAGGGCAUCACGCGGCCGCGGCGGUGGGGGGCGAGAAUCGGGGAAGGACACAAAAUAAAAAAAAGAGAGGAAGAAGCAAUGUAAUUUAAAGGCGGCAGGAAAGUACUUCAGGUUAAUUAUCUAACCUGGAAGACCUGGAAAGCGGAGAAGGGCA